GGCGGAAGUGCAAGAUGUGGUUGCGGACGAAGAGAAGUGACUCUCAGAGAAGGAAGUCAUGAAGCUCCGGAAAUACGGACGUCCUUUGCCCGGCCACGUGGGAAACUGCAUUUGGAAGGUCCUUGAAAUUAUUGCAGACGCUUGACGCUUGAGCAGAACAUCUUGGACGGUAUCCUUCGGUAAGUCGAGGAGGAUGGCCAGCUUAAUAUCAUCCGUUGCUUGGGUGAAACGAGGUAUUGCAGUAGAACAACCGACAAAAUAUGUUCUCGACGAACAAGAGCUGGAGCGCGUCAGUGCACUUGCUCGAAUAGAGCUCGAAGAUGCCAAGAAGGAACUUGAGCGUGCACAGAAGGCUUCUGCGUCUAUGGGAAGAGGAGCUGAGGGCGAUGAAGCAGAUGAUGCCGAUGAGGAUGAAGAUGAAUGGGUAGAACGUUGAAGUGAAGAUGAGAUUGAAAACGUCAAGGAUACUGACGACAACGCGAUGGAUGAGGAUGUACCCAUGGAUGAGGAGCCUGCUCCUUCAAGCGAGGCAAUUGCCGGUAAGCCAGACGGCGAGGACCUCGCAAAAUACAAUUUGGACAAUUACGAUGAGGAGGACGAUAUGCCUGCGAUGGGUCCAUUCAGCAAUAUCAAAGGGCUAACAUACUACCGAAAUAACGACGAGGAUCCAUAUAUCACACUGAAGGAAGACGAAGAGGACAAUGAGCGUGAGGAGCUCCAGAUCCUUCCUUCCGACAACCUUCUUGUUGCCGCAAAAACUGAAGACGAGAUCUCACAACUGGAGAUAUAUGUCUAUGACGAGUCUGAAGACAACCUCUAUGUCCACCACGACCUUAUGCUCCCUUCUUUCCCCCUCUGCCUCGAAUGGCUCGACUUCCCACCUAUAUCCUCACCUACCGCAAAAACACCAGAUGGCCAACUAAGACAAUUUGGCAACUACAUCGCUGUGGGUACUCUGGAACCUGAAAUUGAAAUCUGGUCUUUGGAUGUUGUUGAGGCCAUGUAUCCGGAUAUGGUCCUUGGUCGUCCUGAUAAGACUGCCGCUCAUGUCCCUACACCGCUAGGUACGGGUAAGAAAAAGCGCAAGAAGACCAAGCAUCGUGAGGUUUCCGACGCGUACCACGUCGAUGCGGUGCUGUCAUUAUCAUGGAACAAAACACAUCGUAAUCUCCUGGCCAGUGCUUCUGCCGAUCGAACUGUCAAGCUAUGGGACCUCAGUCGCGAUCCUACAAUUAAUGGUGAAGGUGGCGAGGGAGAAGGGGCAUUGCGCAGCUUCUCAGUUCACAAGGAUAAAGUCCAGUCGGUUCAAUGGAAUGACAAGGAGCCCACCGUGCUUUUGACCGGCAGUUACGAUCGAACCGUCAGGACGUUCGACACAAGAGCGCCCGAGGCAGGUGUGGGUGCGCUUGUAGGUGCAGAUGUCGAGGCUCUCCGCUGGGACCCAUGGGAAGCACACUCAUUCUAUGUUUCGUUGGAGAACGGCAUCGUGCUCAACUUCGAUGCACGAACGCUUCCCACAAACGCUGCAACUCCUUCGCCUGCACGAUUCACCCUGUCUGCUCACGACGGCGCUGUCUCAGCCUUAGACGUGAAUCCUCAUAUACCUGGAUGCAUCGCUACUGGUGGCACAGACAAAGUUGUCAAGAUCUGGAAUAUCGUUGAAGAUGCAGACUUUAAAAAGCGUCAAGUCAGCCUGGUCACUUCAAGAGACCUUGGAGUGGGCAAGGUAUUCUCAGUCGCCUGGUCACCGGAUGACCCUCUCACUCUUGCUGCGGCCGGUUCGAAGGCGAAGUUACAAGUUUGGGAAGUCGGUGCAAAUGCCGGUGCCCGAAAAGUUCUCGGCCCCAAGGCUGCUGCUGCGGGACGCAUGGUCAAGGAGAAGCAGAGCGGCGGUGUCAUUGGUGUUGCCACGGACGAUGAGGAUAGUAGUGGCGAUGAGGCCGGGCAUGAAUGAGGGCUUUGCAUGAUGUAGCUAGAUCUUUGACUCACUUGGUUCAUAUGCAACUUGACAUCUAGGCUUAGCUUAGCCUCUAUAAGGAAAGAUAGUCAUUCCCCGAAGCGAAUAUCGAGCUGCUGAACAUGGUUGGAUCAUAGAUUGUACGCCCACAACGGCGACCUCUACUGUAACUAGCAACCUUUUGUAAGCUCGUUACAAACGUUUGUUACUUGUUUUGUAUGUGCAGUAUGUAUAAACUUUCAGGCAGUGCACUUCCCGCGCGCGUCUCAUCUUGCCCUAAG